AUGAAACUAUUCAAGUCACUGUUGACCGCGACGGCAGUCGCUGCGGUAUGCCUUGCCGGACCUGCGCAAGCGGAAGACAAGAGGAUCGCACUGGUCGUGAAGGCCCUUGGCAUCGGCUUUUUCGAAGCUGCUGCAAAGGGAGCGGAGGAAGCCGCCAAGGAAUUGGGUGAUGUUGAAAUCAUCUAUACCGGUCCGACGGACACCACAGCGGAAGGUCAGAUUGAAGUCAUCAACGCGCUGAUCGCCCAGAAAGUGGAUGCAAUCGCCAUCUCCGCAAACGAUCAGGAUGCGCUGGUUCCCGCACUGAAGAAGGCCAUGGAUCGGGGUAUCACCGUGAUUUCCUGGGAUUCCGGAGUUGCGCCGGAGGGACGCCAGCUUCAUCUGAACCCGUCUUCAAAUGAGUUGAUCGGCAAUAUGAUCAUCAAGCUGGCUGCCGAUCAUUUGCCGGAUGGAGGCGACGUCGCGGUGCUCUCGGCGUCUGCAACCGCCACGAACCAGAACAUCUGGAUCGAGGAAAUGAACAAGGUCAAGGACAACUAUCCCGGCAUCAAUGUCGUCGCCACCGUCUAUGGGGACGAUCUUGCUGACAAGUCCUACCGCGAAGCACAGGGCCUGAUGCAGACCUAUCCGGAUCUCAAGGCAAUCAUUGCACCGACGUCGGUCGGGAUUGUUGCUGCAGCACAGGCUGUUUCAGACGCGGAGAAGGCCGGACAGAUCAACGUAACCGGUCUCGGCUUACCGUCCGAGAUGGCCGGUCACAUCGAUUCCGGCGCGUCCAAGUCCUUUGCGAUCUGGAACCCCAUUGAUCUCGGAUACUCCGCCACCAUGCUUGCCUAUAAUCUUGCGACCGACAAGGCCGAGGCAAAGCCGGGCGGUGAAAUUCCGAUGGGUCGCAUGGGGUCGUUGACCCUGAACGACAAGAACGAAGGCGCGAUGGCCGAUCCGUUCACAUACGACAGUUCGAACAUCAACGAUUUCAAGGACAUCUUCUAA